UCCAACUUCUGAUUGACCGGCCAACGACAUCUCCAAAACAUGUGAAAACGAAUGAUUGGGAAAUGUCUGCGUCUUUACACGAUCUUCUUGAUUCUCUCGUGGAAACCCACAUUUGAAUCUUGACUCCGCAAAAGCAGAAACCGUCGGAUUCAGACAAGUGAACCCGACACACAAAAGAGCAAAACCCAAGACCCAAGAUUCCAUUUCCCUUCCAGCACGAAAAGUCUUUCAUUAUAAUUUCUUCAUUGACCCACGCUCCCCUUAUUAGGGAAGGCAACCUCAACCUAAUUCACCGGGCCACGCAGUUCAAGAAACCAACCAGUGCCCAGUUGCCGCCGGCAGCGGCGUCUCUUUUCCAUCGAGCGAACAACAUCUGAUCACUCUUCAAUGUCCAGAUUUGAUGUGAAAGUACACGGCAAUGGAUGUAACUCGGCGGGGUCUUUAUUCAUUUUGCAAACAGAGUGGAUGCAUUUCACCUGUUUGUUGAUUCGUCGCUUCAGAUGCGUGUGAAGAGGAGAUAACCUGCAGGACGCAGGAGCAGUGCUUUGAUCAGCUCAGGAUGGCCGCGGAGGCCGAUUGGCCGCAGUUGCCCAAAGAACUUCUGGAGAUGAUCUCGGAUCAGCUAACCGGACUGGAUGAUCAUGUCCGAUUUCGAGCGGUCUGUCGAAGUUGGGCAAGCAUCAGACCUCCCCCGAGGGUACCUCGUCAAAUGCCAUGGCUACUACACCCUUGUAAUCAGGACACUGACGCAAGAACUUUUGUCAGCAUUUCGGAGAACAAGUUCUACCGAUUCAGCUCACCAGAAUUUCUUGGUAAAAGAUGCUGUGGUUCCUCUUAUGGUUGGUUGGCAUUGCUAGAUGGAACCCCUGAAAUUUUACUCUUUAAUCCACUCACUGAAGAGAAAAUUCUUCUUCCGAACUUGACGAGAUUGCCAGAGGUUCUUGAGUUUCACGAAAAGGGUGAGGAAUACCUCUAUGAAGAUUUGAUGGGGGAGCACCACACUAUAGACAUGGAUAUCAUGAAGAAUUUCUUCGUCCACUGUAUUGCCUUGUCAGGUGAUCCUACUUUGGUAAACCAGAAUUCUUGGGCAGCACUGUGCUAUGAUUUAAGAGCAAAUAGACUGGCUUUUUGUAAGGUACAUGAUAAAUCAUGGACUGUGCUCCAAGACCAACCAACGAGAUAUGUUGACAUUCUCAUUCACAAAGAGCAACUGUAUGCAGUGGAUUUCACUGGAAGAGUGAUCAUAUGUGACUUAUGUUCCCCUGAGAAUUUGGUCAUUGUUCAGCCUGAAUCAGUAUCUGGACCUCGUCGCAGAUAUUUGGUUGAACUAAGAGGAGCCUUGCUAAUGGUUUGCGCGCCAAUGGAUAAUGUGGUCAACUUAGCUGAGGAAGAAGAGGAGAACUUUUAUGAGGCACUGCUUGAUAGUGACCAUUCUGUUAUUUAUGACUCUGAAGAUGGUGGUAGAGGACCUCUCCACAUGGAAUAUAAGAACAGAGCUCUUUGGUUCCAUGUCUUUGAAUUGGAUGAGGUAGAGCGAAGAUUGGUGAAGGUGAACAACUUGGGCAAUUAUGCACUGUUCUUGAGUCAAAAUUAUUCUGUGUCCCUAUUGGCUUCUGAAGUCCCAGGUUGCAGGGAAAACUGCAUCUAUUAUCUUGAUGGUUUCACAGUGAAAGGGGGCACCAACACGAAGAAGGGUUACGAAUUAUGCAGAUUCAACUUGGAGAGUGGAGCUACUCAACACGUAAUUACACUAGUCUUACAUGUACCUGAUCGCCGUUGCCCCUUUGGAUGGGACACGUGGUUCAUCCCCUCAUCUGUAGCCAACUGGAUGCCUACCCAAAGCUCUCAAUUGGCAGAAGACACGAUUACAUGGAUUCCAAAUGUCAAAGGAAACUUCUUCAUCAAAUCCACGCUAGAUAUACAUGGUCAGAUUUCCUUUCCAGGGCCCCUAAAACCCAACGAGUGGAAAGCUAUCAUGGAAGUGAACUUCCCUCGGAGACUCCAGUUGCUGCUAUGGAGGGUGGCAUGUGGAGUUCUACCGACCAAAAUGGUUGCUAAGACUCGAUACCUUGUUCCUGAAUCUCCUUGUCCAUUCUGCCAUCAAGUGAAAGAGUCUUUAGAGCAUCUCCUUCUUUCCUGUCAAUUUACCCAAGCGGCAUGGUUGAACUCUGCAUGGCCCCUGCGCAUUUCAGCCUUAGAGAAUACUAGAUUAGCAGACUGGAUUCGAAUAGUUGUCAAUCCAAGCAACACGCUUGGGAUCAAUGGUGAUGAAGCUAAAAAGUUCCUUGCUUAUGUAGUUAUGUUCAUUGUCCAUCUUUGGGGGCUCCGGAACUGGUUAGUGGCCAGUGGAGAGGAGGGUCAACCCUCUGCUUUUGCUCGUGCCCUGAAUGUGAAUUAUGGACGUUUCUUGAAAGUGUGGGAUUUCAGGAAAGAAAGCGAGUUUCGUGGCGCAAAGUGGGUCCCUCCCCCUGGAAAUAAAGUCAAGGUGAACUUCGAUGUGGCAGUCUGCCUAGAUUUUGCUAUGCUAGCCAUGACUUGCCGGGACAAUGAAGGGAGGUUUCUUCUUGCUUGGACUGAGAGACUACCUACUUGCGACCUCAUUGUUGGAGAAGCUAAGGCUGCUUUCUUGGCUGUUUCUACUGCAAUUGAAUAUGGUUUCACUAAGAUCAUAGUGGAAGGCAAUGAUCCAGCAGUAAUCCAGCCGCUGCAGCACUGGAAAACUCCCCCCUCUCAAGCUAUUGCCAAUGUAAUCGCUGAUAUCAGGACUUUGCUCAGUUCGGCUAUAUCAUGGCGUGUGAACUAUGUAUCUGUAAUGGAAAAUUUAGCCACCCAUAAUCUUGCCUGUUGGGCUGCUUUUUACGAUAGGAGUGGCUCUAUACCAGUCUCUUCUCUCCCUUUUUGUGUCAUCUAUGCCGAUGACAGAGGUUGCCACUCGAUGUCAGAACCCACGCAAGCACACGGAUGGAGUGGAAACUAUAGGCCAACCCGUCCUUAUUGAAGUUCUUUAUAAUAGCACGCAAGUUGCUUUUUUCUUUGGGCCUUUUCACUAUGAGAACUAAGCCACAUCAUGUGCACGUGAUCUUGAUAAACUUCCCUGUCCUCUCCA